UUCAUAUUUCUUUUAGUUCAGAAUGAAUAUUUCUAAAAUAUUUUUUAAAAAGGUUUUACAGGUUUUUUCAAUUUUUUAUCAGCUAAAAUCCAUCUUAAAAUUAAACUUUUUUGAACUAUGGCUUGGACAAGAGCUGUUUGGUUGGAAUAUUCUAAAGAAGGUGUUGUCAGUGAGUUUGAAAAUACAAUUCCAUCUAAUUGGAUAAAGAGUGGUUUUGUUUAUUGGCCGAAUAGAAAAGUGGAAUCUGCAGUUCAAAAACGAUAUGAUCCAACAGAUGAUUGGCUUAAAUUUAAACUGAAAUAUGUCAAAAUUACAGAUAAUGAUAGAGGUGUAUGUGACAAGUAUGGUGAUAAUGUUACUGCUGGAGAGACCGCUGGAGUAAUGGAUAUAAUAAAGUGUAAACAAAUUUCUCCAAAUAAAAAACGAACUGUAUUACCACUUCCUGUUCCUCCUACUAAGAAAAAGCGAACAACAAAAUCUAGUUUAGAUGUUACACAGUUCUUGGAUGACCAAGAUGAAAAUAGUGAAGAAGAGAUGUUUCUUAAAAAGAAAAAAAGGAUAAAUAUCAAAUCAAAAUGUUUACCACUUAAUUCAUUGCCAGGCAGUUCACAAAUUAGCAUGCCAAAAAAUAGUAAAAAAAUAAUAAAGCAUUUCAAUUGAUGGUAAUUCGGAAAUUAGAACAUAUCGAUACAAGGCUUGACGAUCUGUUUAGAUUAGUUUCUACUUUUAAUGAAAGUAAAGAUGAUGUUUAUCAUCUUCCCCAACCAUUUGCCGAGCUUGCAGAUUUGAUAACGUUUGAUGCAGGAUUGACGAAUCUUAAAGAGUUCAAAGCAUUUGUGAAAGAACUUUCUAGACUUGGUGGAAGCAGUGCAAAGAAAUGUGUAGCAAAUGUUUUAAACAGGUUAAUGGCAAAUAAACUGCAAGCAAAGUUUAAUUUGACUGGAUCUAAUACAAAACAAACAAAAAAGAUUGGUUUUCAAACUUUAAAUAUUUAUAGAGGUGUUAUUGAUGCAGUUACCCGGUCUUUUAAAAUAAAAAAACACGAUGCUCGAACAUAUAUUGCAGAUUGUUUGAAGUUUGCACCAUAUCGAUUGGACGGUGGGAAACGGGCAUUAAAUCAAAAUGAAACAGAAGUUUAUAAAGAUGCUGAUGCUUAUAUUUGCGAUGAAGAAAACGACGAUAUUUUAUCAAGAUCGUUUUAAAAAUAAUUUCAAUUUUGUAUCAUAUUUUGUUUUAAAAAUGUCUUAGUUAU